UGUGGUGUGAUACUUCAUUCUGUUCUGAUGAAGACUUGCUGAUUUACUUGUAAAACAAAUUACAAAAAUGGAGGAAGAUUCCAGUCAGAAGAAACACAGAAAGCGACAGGCGGGUCCCAAGGCUGUAAAGAAAAAAGCCAAGAAUAAACACCAGCAGAAUUUAACUCCCCAACAGAGAAACCCCAAAGCCUUCUCUAUUCAACAUGCUCAGAAAACGGCCAGACUUAUUAAGAGAACACAGGAUAUACAAACAAAGAAGCAGCACAUUCCUGUGGUAGACAGGACACCACUGGAACCGCCGCCAAUAGUGGUGGCCAUCGUGGGCCCUCCUAAAGUGGGCAAGUCUACCCUGCUACAGUGCAUUGUCAAAAACUUCACCAAACAGAGGCUGGCUAAUGUCCAGGGACCGGUCACUGUUGUGUCUGGUAAGAGUAGACGACUGACUCUGAUGGAAUGUAAUAAUGAUAUCAACAGCAUGAUUGACCUGGCCAAAGUCGCAGAUCUCGUAUUACUGCUGGUUGAUGCUAGUUUUGGUUUUGAAAUGGAGACUUUUGAGUUCCUGAACAUAUGCCAAGUGCAUGGCUUUCCUCGGAUCAUGGGGGUAUUGACUCAUCUCGAUGCUUUCAAGGAUAAUAAGCAAAUGAGGAAAACCAAAAAAAGAUUGAAACAUAGAUUUUGGACUGAAGUUUACCAGGGGGCCAAACUGUUCUAUCUGUCAGGAAUGGUUAACGAGGAAUACCAGAAGACAGAAGUUCACAAUCUGUGUCGCUUCAUCUCGGUGAUGAAGUUCCGCCCUCUACAGUGGAGACUUACUCAUCCUUAUGUCCUCGUUGACAGAAUGGAAGACAUUACUGACCCUGAAGCAAUUCGACAGAAACCAAAGUGUGACAGGAAGUUGUCUAUGUACGGCUACGUUCGAGGGACUCACAUAAAGAACCAUUCUAUGAUCCACAUACCAGGUUGUGGUGACUACUCUAUCAGCGACAUGCAGAGUUUACCUGACCCCUGCCCAAUGCCAGACAAAGAGAAGAAAAGAACACUCCAUGUCAAGGAGAAAUUGAUCUAUGCUCCGAUGUCCGGGGUGGGAGGAGUUAUAUACGACAAAGAUGCUGUGUACAUAGACCUGGGUGGAAGUCACUCUCUCAAACAGAAUGAAGAGGAACCUGAGGCUCCUAUGAAUGAAUUGGUUGCCUCCCUCAUGAAUGUCAACAAUCCAUUGGAUGAGAAAAUGACCUCCAGUCACAUGACUUUGUUCUCUAAUGCUGCUCCUAUCACAGACUUACAAGAGGAGGAUAAUUCAGAUGAUGAUGAAGGAAUUUCAAGAGUCCGCAGAUUGGCUGAGUUUGAUCCUGAAACUGAUCACAAUCAGGGAAAGCAGACAGAAGACUUGGUGUUUGAUGACAGUGAAGAAGAAGAGGAGUCAUUCAGUCUGUUUUCAAAUUCUGUGAAAAAACAAAAGAUGACAAAAUCUAAACAAUCAGAGAGGACUGAUGAAAACGGAGAAUCUGACCCCGGAUCAGGUAGUGACUCUGACAUGGAGGUUAAUGAGGAGGAAAUAGGAAAUUCUCAAACAAGGGUGGAAGAUAGCUCAGAUUCUGAAGAGGAAGAAACUGUAAAGAAAAAACCUAAAUUAUCAAGGACUCCGGACAGUACAAAAUCUGGUGGUUCUCUAAAAGUUUCUGGUGCUAGUGAGACUAAACAUAAAAAGGAAAAAAGUAAAACAUCCAGUAAUAAUUCACAAAUUGGAAAUGUUAAUUAUUCUGGAAGGUUAUUGGUGGAUAAUGAUAAGAAUAAUGAAAGGGAAGUUGAUUCUGACAGUCCUGAGGAUGAUGAAGGCAGUGAAGAGGAGGAAGAUGAUGUUAAAGAAGAGGAAGGCAGUAUUGAAGAUGACUAUGAUGAAGGUACAGAGGAGGAAGAAAAUGAUGAUGAUGAUGAUAAUGAUGACGAUGAUGAUGAUGAUGACGAUGAUGAUGAUGAUAGCAGUGAGGAUGGAGAUGAAGAAGAGGGACAUUUAAAAUGGAAGACCAACAUAGCUGCUGCAGCCGCGGAAUCCUUCAGAAGGAGAAAGUCGGAGAGGAUUAAUUAUAGGAAGCUUAUUUAUGGUAAAGUUGAGGAAGAGAAGGAGGAGGUGGAGGAAGAAGAGGAGGAUUUAGGAGGAUUAUUCAAAGUCCUAAAGAAGAAAGAGGAGAAAGGAAAUCCUAAAUUGACAGCUAACAUGACAGACAGUUCUAAGUGUGUGCCUGACAAACUACAGGACUGGGAUAUUGAUGAGGUGCAGGAUUUGAUCAGAGAUUGCUUUGUGACAGGAGAAUGGGAAAAGAGUGAGGAUGCUCAGGCACUGCUUGACCAAGAUGAUGAACUGUAUGGAGACUUUGAGGAUCUAGAAACUGGAGAGGUUCACCAUGGUGAUGAAGAUGAAGAAGAUGAUGAAGAGGAUGAUGAUGAUGAUGAUGAUGGAGACCCAUCAAAAAAGAAAAAAACGAAAGCUCAGAAGACAGCAAUCGAAAGAAGAAUGGAAAAAAAAGAGAAGCUUAAGGAAUUAUUUGACAAAGAGUACGACAUGAAGGCCGAUAACCAGUUCUAUGAGAACUGGAAACAGGAGAAUGAGGAACAAGCCAAGUUGAAUCGAGCGGAGUUUGAGACUAUGGAGGACGGCCUACGUGUGGGGUAUGAGGGGUUCAGGCCAGGAAUGUAUGUCAGGGUGGAAUUAGAGAGACUCCCCUGUGAACUCACUGAGAACUUUGAUGCUACAUAUCCCCUCAUCCUUGGGGGACAACAGAGUGUGGAAGGGAACAUAGGAUAUGUCCAGACUCGUAUGAAGAAGCAUAGGUGGUACAAGAAGAUUCUGAAGAGUAAAAAUCCUCUAAUUAUCUCCCUUGGAUGGCGGAGAUUUCAGUCCAUUCCUCUUUACUCAAUACAGGACCACAACUUCAGAAAUCGUCUCCUCAAGUACACCCCACAACAUCUCCAUUGUCAUGCCUGCUUCUGGGGUCCUAUAACACCACAGGGCACAGGAUUACUGGCUGUAGAGUGUGUGGCUGGGAAAGAGCCUGGCUUUAGGAUUGCUGCCACAGGUGUGGUUUUGGAGCUUGAUAAAUCAAUACAGAUUGUCAAGAAAUUGAAACUUACAGGCACUCCUUACAAAAUCUACAAGAAAACAGCAUUCAUUAAGGGUAUGUUUAACUCUAUUCUGGAAGUGACAAAGUUUGAAGGAGCUAAGAUUCGGACAGUGAGUGGUAUCCGAGGACAAGUGAAGAAAGCACUGAGGAAUCCAGAAGGAGCAUUUAGGGCCACAUUUGAGGACAAGAUUCUCCUUAGUGAUAUUGUGUUCAUGAGGACUUGGUACCCUGUUGAGGUACCUCAGUUUUAUGCCACUGUGACCUCCCUGUUGUUACCCCCAGCAGAAAAGGCAGGCUGGGUGGGAAUGAAAACUCUGGGACAGUUGAAGCGAGAGAAAAGUAUAGCAGCCCCAGUGAGGGAGGAUUCAUUAUAUAAGCCUGUUGAAAGAAAAAAGAGAUACGAGCCAAAACUGAAAAUACCCAAGGAACUCCAGAAGAUGUUGCCUUUUAAGGACACACCAAAGUCUGUAAAAGAGAAAGAGGACCCAUACAAAAGAGUGGCUGUCAUUUUAGAGCCACAUGAAGCAAAGGUUAACAAACUGAUGAAGAUGGUUAAGAAUCUCUAUCAACACAAAAUGAGGUCGGACCGAAUGAGAAUGAGAGAAAGGGUUGCUAAACACCAGAAAGAAAUAGAAAGGAUCGGAGCAAUCAAGUCUAGAAAACAAAAACAAGUCAAGAAAGACAUCUACAGGGCACUGGGCAAAUUAGAGAAACAGAAGAACAAAUACAAAAAGGACUGAGGAAUACUUCAUAGGACAUAAGACAAGCCUUUUGUUAAGGGAAGAGGAAAAGUUGCCACUGCAUUCAGUCACAAUCUGAGAUUGAUGAUGGAUACCAGUACACAUGUACCUGAAGAGAACAGGAAUAUGAAUUAAACUUUGUGACUUAAAAUGCACUAAAAAUACAAUGAAAUUCUUGAUGCAGGGGGCAUAUAACAACAGAAACAAAUCAACAAGAGUACUUCGUUAGCUAAUUUUGACAAUGUGUUUAGAGACUUGAAAUAUCUAUAAUGCAAAGAUAAACAGGCAUAAAACAUGAAUGAAGAUCUAGGUAUUUUUGUUUUUCAU